AUGUCCAACGUGAGACCGGCGAACUUGACGACCUCGUUGUCGGCGGCGACAGCGAAUCCGGCCGGCAACGGCCCGGCAGCAACCGCGUUUGCGACACCAGCACCGACUGAUCGUACGCGAAGAUCCAUCCGCUCGAGGGACGGGUGCUUGACUUGCAAGCGCCGAAAAGUGAAAUGCGACGAGCAAAGACCGAGGUGCUCGCACUGCGAGCGUCUCAACAUGGAGUGCAAAUGGCAGCCCCGAUCCAAUCCGGCAGCGCGAAGGCGCCAACAACACGAAAUGGCCAACAUAGGUUCCGACCCGAACCACGUUCCCCCGUCUCCCUUCACCGAGAACUCGACCAACUCCGCGUCCCCCUCGAUCGCGUCUUCCUUCCAGCCUUUGCAGGCCGUCGACGAGGUCUUUGACUAUGCCAGUUUCAUGUGGGACUCCCGAGACUUUUGGCAGCAAACCAGCCCCGACGUAGGCCAGAACCAUAACGUGGGCGCCCUCGACGCGCACGUGGUCCUCCAGCAUGCGCCGGACAUGACCUUCGCGGGCCCGAACAUGUUGGAUGGUCCCCCGCAAACACCUGCAAGGACCGAUAGCGCCGGGCUAGGCGACUCGAUGGCCAUCGCACCGCCCGGCUGGAGCAGCAGGCUGAUGGAAUGGUUCGCGCAGUCCGGCAUCCCCCCCAUCCUGGCCGAGGUCGAGACGCGGAAGAAAUGGCUGGCCAUGCGCCAGGUCGUGAUGGAAAUGGCGGCCACCUCCCGGCUAGUCCGCUGCGCCAUCCUGGCAUUCUCCGACGUGCUGCUGUCUCGCAGCGAUAGCUCCUGGGUCCCGAGCCAGAACAACCACUACGAGGGUGCCGUGGCGGAGAUGGAGACGUGCGACUCGUCCCUCAAGGAACACAGCCAUCAGCGCGAGUGUCUCCUGGCGGCCCUGUUCUUCUUGAGCUACGUGGACAUCCUGGAGUGCAGGCUUGUGCCCGCACACUCGAACCUCAAGCGCGCAUACGGACUCUUCCAACAGGGCGACAAGAACAGCUUCGUCACCGUCGAAAAGCAGUUCCUGCUCUGGAUCCGGCUGCUCGACGGGCGGGCAGUGUCAGCAGGCGGCGAGGGCCUGUUCCUGUCCAAGGAUGACGAGCUCCUACUCGUGGAAGCUUCACCCGCGACAGUUGACGGAGACGCGGACGAUCCUUCCAAGGAGGAUCACCUCGAUGACGAGGGCAUCGAAGACGUACUCUUCCAGGUUCUCUACCAACCCGGCAUCGUGUUUUACCAGAAGGUGCAGAGUUUUAUGGGCCGCAUUUCCAAGAUCGACCCCUGGCAUCGCUCCAGAGGCACCGUCGAGGACGAGACGGAAGUGAUGAACAUUGGCAUGUCGAUCGCAGCAGACCUCCGAACGCUAUACGACCAGCGGCCACCGCUCAUGGACUACGCGGUGGCGGGCAAGCUCACCGAACCGCACGUGUCGGCGCACCUGUCCUUUGCCAUCACGCGGGCGUUCCGGACGUACCUCUCCAACUACUACGCAAGCAAGGUGCAUCUGCACCGCGUCGCCUACAAGACCCUGCCACUCACCAGGGAGGCGUCCGAUGCCCUGGACCAUAUCCGCCGUCUGGCCCGCCUCAUCGUCGACAGCCUGGACGCAGAAGACACGCUGCCCGUCAACAUGUUGUGGCCCCUCCUGAUGCUCGGGGUGGAAGAGCAGAACCUGGAAGAGAGGGCAUGGGUCAAGACGCAGAUACUGAGGAUGGAGAAGGUUGCGGGCAAUGCAAGAAUCACGGCGCAGGUCCUCGAGGAGGUGCAGGCACGACAGGAUGCUUCCAAGACGAGGGUCGACAUCCGGUCGGUAAUGCAUGCAGUUUUCAAUGCUUGCUUUGCGAUUCUCUGA